AUGAUGUUCUUCCAGGACGUCUCAGUGCCGGUGCCACAGGGCCCGCCCCCACAGGCUGUGCUGGAGAAGAAGUACUGGUGGAGCGCUCUUCAGGCGCUGCUGUCAGCCACAGCAAUGCUGCAGUUCCUCACUUUCGAUUUGGUGGGCGGCAUGCUGACUGCUAUGAUGCUGUUCCUGGCCUUCAUGAUGACCACCGACGGCAUGGCAGAGAUGCACCGGUACGCUUUGGCUUAUGCUAUGCUCAGCUUGCUGUGCCUCUUCUUUGACAUGGUGCCCCUUCUAUCAUCGGUUGGUGGCCGCUCAGAGGUUUCCGUGGAACCUGUCGAUCGGGAGAGCCAGGACAAUGAGCUGCGAAUCACGUACACCACCAUUAUCAAGACAACGCCCUUCUUUGACAAGACGCAGGGCUGGGUCUACAAUGGA